UCUAGAAGUCACAGUCUAACAGUUGGCAAUUUAACGUAAUACGCUUUAAAAAUGAGAUAUUUUAAAUUAUUUGCUUUAUAUCUACUCAGUCUUAAUAUAUAUGGUCAAGCAUCAUACAUCGCCAAAAUAGGGGAUGUACGUAUAGAACAAUCGAAUGAUAUAUUUCUAUGUGGUAGUAUCUUUUGCUCUUUUGAGAGUGUUCGUUGUUUUAUUUCAAAAUCAAAUGAAGGACAUCCCUCAUUUGUAGAGCGUGUCAAUUUGUGCUAUUCUAAGGAUAAUAAAAUAUUGGAUCAAAUUAUUUUUAUUAUACCAUCUGAUGCCAAUACGAAAAUUGUACAACAAAUAAGUGCCACUCGUGAAGGUUAUAUUGAAGAAACUAAUAUAGAAAAUUUUGAUGCCAAAACAUUCAAUGAGAAUUUCAAUUAUACGAGUUUUACUAUUUGAAAUUAGAUAUAAUUAAUAUUUUAAUUUAUAGAAAUAUUAAUCAAAUUUAUAGCUUUUGUAUGUCGUUAAUUUUAACCAGGACUAUAAAGCAUAAAGUUUUAAUAUAAAAAAGUGUAAUAUUUGUUAAAAAAUUAUAGUUAAAGUGUUAGUAAAUUAGGAAAAUUGAAUGUUAAUGUAAUGUAUUUAUAUUCAAUUCUGUUUAAGUAGUUAAGUUUAAAAGAUGGUGUAUCAAUAGUAAAAAACAAAAAUGCGUAAACUUAAACGUUGCCAGAUGGGUAAUUGUAGUCAUAAUGAGUGAGUGUCUGGGUAACACUGUGAUGAACAGCCUUACCUUCGACUGCUCUAUCUACUGCGAAGAUUAAAGUCUAUAAAACCAUAUUUUUGUUAAGAAUUUAAGAUGUUUUUUUCAAAUUUGUAAACAAUUUAAAAACACCACAUUAUCGGCCAUCAUCUACACAGUCAACAAUAAACAACUGCAUUAUCCACCAGCUAAGCUUACUCAUAAACCUUUGCUGGUAAGUGAAAAAAGGUAGUAUUAGCAAACAACUUUUUUAAUCCCAAUUUGUAAGUGCUUAUUUAAGUUAAGUACUUGCCUCCAUAUUAAAAUACGGAUUUUAAAUACUAAUGAAUAAGUAAUGGCUUUUUCAGCUUUCUAACAUAUAACUUUUCAAUGUAAGUUUUUGCUGGGACAUUUAAAAUUAAAAGUAAUAAUAAUUUUAUUAUCUCAUUUACACAAGAGUCUCUUUAGAAAAGUCAGUCAAAUGUAAUAGUAGCUAAGUUCUCGAAAAAAUAUAUUCAAUAGCUAAGUAAGCAGUAACACCUCCCACCUCUUGAAAGAAACAAAAUUUUUAGAUAUAUGUAUGUGUCUAUAUACAAAAAGUAUGCAUUUCUAGAUGUAAUCAAUUAAAA